AUGUCGGUAGCUGCAAUACCUACAGAAAUCGAUGACUUAUCGGAAAUUGAGAAACGUUUUAUUUGUAGAGUAGUGCCAUUUCUUAAAAUAAUAAAAGUUCAGAAUCGUUUGAGCCAAGACUGGUGCAAAGGGCAGGCAAUUAUUUUUGCUCAGGAUGUAGUCGAGCUAGCGGAGCAACUUCCGCUUGAACCUAAUCAAACUGGAUUAGUGUUCGUAGUAGAAAGUCAUGAAAAUUUAGAACAUUCUAGGGAGUUUCAAAUAGAUGUAGGUAAACUUCAAUUAGCAUUGCAGUGGCUCCUAAUGAAUAAUGCACUCUAUAAAGAUUUUCGUGUAUAUUUUCCUACUGUGAUCGAUAUUUCUACGAUAACACAAAUUGCUGAUGAACCUGCACAUGGUCAUGAUAGUGAAGAACAAAUUGCUGAACGGUCAACUAUACCUACAAAUAACUAUACUGCCUUGAGUAACAAUGUAUCUAUAUUACAUGGUUCUUUUCAUCAGGACAAUGAACGAUUUAGUCCAGAGUCACGUGGUCGGCAAUACACAGGGAUCGCAACUGUUGCUAGUGUGGCAUUUUCUCUGAUCAAUCCUAAUAAUUCGUGCAAAAGCGACAUAGAUUACAUGUUAUUGGUAGGAGAUAAAUAUUAUAGAGACUGUAUUGCGGCUCGGGCUAACCCAAAUCCCGAAGAAGCACAUAUGGAAUAUUUGGCUGCAACUGAGCUUUUACCUAAUAUCACAUACAACAAUCGAAAAGUUGAUAUCAAUGUUCGUCAUGAAUCAGCCUUUAAUGGUCACGUAGAUAACGACAAUAGUGAAGAAGGAUUUCCCAAUUUGUUAAACGCUCUAAUAAAUUUGUUUAGGGAUCACAGUUAA